AUGAAGUCAGACAGAUUAGAGAAAAACCCAGAGUGGAUAUUCAGCAUUAAUAACAUAGAGAAUUUGCUAGCUGGAUGCCUGCUUGCUAUUGGAGGAAACCUUCUCAUUAGCGUGUCUCUGAAUCUUCAGAAAUAUGCUCACAUGAGAAAUGAACUGCGAGUAGAUGCCAUACACUACACCAAAGAUCCACUGUGGUGGGUGGGUGUUGCCUUGAUGGGUUUUGGUGAGAUCGGGAACUUCUCUGCCUAUGGAUUUGCCCCGGCCUCAUUAGUGGCACCUCUAGGGACUACUACUGUCAUAGCUAACCUUUUCCUGGCGGCCCUGAUCCUUAAAGAGAAGAUCCGAGCUGAAAAUCUCUUUGGAUCUGCAAUGGCUGUCAUUGGUGCUUUCCUCAUUGUCACCUUCUCAUCCAAGACAGAGCGAGUACGGAACGGUGAAGAGCUCAACACUGCUGUCACACAGGUGUCUUUUAUAGUUUACAUUUGUCUAGAGUUGCUGGCUCUGGUUGUUCUCUUCAUGGUUCUUUACUGGAUGGAGAUCAGGAAGGUGGUGGUUUACCUACUGAUUGCCUCUAUUAUAGCCUCCUUCACUGUCAUAUGUGCCAAAGGGCUGUCGGGGAUGAUCCAGCUGUCAUUUGCGGGCUACUCCCAGUUUGAUCACCCUAUACUGUAUGCCAUGACAAUCAUCAUGAUCGUCACUGCUAUUAUACAAGUCAAAUUUUUGAAUGAAGCCAUGAAGAGCUUCGAGUCAACAGUGGUGGUCCCUACCAACUUUGUGUUCUUCACUAUUAGUGCAAUCAUGGCAGGAAUAGUAUUUUAUAAAGAGUUCUGGGGACUUAAUGGCCUGGAGAUUUGUAUGUUCUUGGUCGGGUGCUUGAUGUCAUUUGUGGGAGUGUACUUCAUAACCAUGAACAGAAGUCCAGAGAGUGAAUCUGAGUCAGCAGGUGUUCUGUCUGAAACUGCCUCUGUGGACAGUAAACCACAAGUGACGGCCAAUAUAUUUCCUGCCUGGUUAUUGGCCACUGUCAAUGUUGGUGAAGUUCAGCCAAAAGGAGACAUCCAACACCUCAGUGAUAAUGACAGGGCACCAUUUUUAUCUCCUCUGCCAGAGGAAAGUUCUACAUCAUUAGACACACUUUCUAGCCAUGAUGAUUCUCCAGUACGCUCUAAACCAGCCACAUCAUAUGGUGCAACAGGAUGAGAAAAUAAAACAUAUUUGUAUGAUAAAUUAUAAAUUUGUAUAAAAGAUUAUUUAUUUUAAUAUUAUCAUAGAUCUGA